AUGCACAGCUCGUCGGUCCGGCAAUUUCCCACAAUCAAAGCCGUGCGAUCCUACGUCAUCGGCGGCGUGGGCUCCGGUGGUGAUUACCAUAAUGUGAAAGGAGGUCACUGGCUCAUCGACAGUGACAUCUCUACGCCGUGCUCGCAAUGGGCGCAGUACCGCAAGUCACGUACCAGCUGGGGCAUCAACGUCCUCGGUUCCUUUCUCGUGGAGAUAGAGGCAUCUGACGGGACUGUCGGUUUUGCAACUGGGUUCGGAGGCCCUCCUGCUUGCUGGCUGGUCCACCAGCAUUUUGAGCGCUUCUUAGUAGGGGCUGAUCCGCGAAAUACGAACCUGCUCUUUGAGCAGAUGUACCGGGCUUCCAUGUUCUACGGCCGCAAGGGGCUUCCCAUUGCCGUCAUCUCUGUCAUUGACCUGGCCCUCUGGGACUUGCUGGGCAAGGUCAGGAACGAGCCUGUCUAUCGACUCAUUGGCGGAGCCACCAAGGAACGCCUCAACUUUUACUGUACCGGGCCCGAGCCGACAGCAGCCAGGGAAAUGGGCUUCUGGGGUGCCAAAGUGCCGCUUCCUUUCUGUCCAGAGGAGGGCCAUGAGGGGCUUCGGAAGAACGUCGAAUUUUUGCGGAAGCAUCGCGAGUCCGUUGGGCCAAACUUCCCCAUCAUGGUGGACUGCUACAUGAGCCUCAACGUCUCUUAUACGAUUGAGCUGGUCAAGGCGUGCGCCGAGUUCAACAUCAACUGGUGGGAAGAGUGCUUGUCUCCCGACGACACGGACGGCUUCGAGCAGAUCAAGCGCGCGCACCCGACGGUCAAGUUUACGACGGGCGAGCACGAGUACUCUCGCUAUGGCUUCCGCAAGCUUCUUGAAGGCCGCAACCUCGACAUCAUCCAGCCCGACGUCAUGUGGCUGGGCGGCAUGACGGAGCUGCUCAAGGUCGCAGCCAUGGCGGCCGCAUACGACAUCCCCGUUGUUCCGCACGCCAGCGGCCCCUACAGCUACCACUUUGUCAUUUCGCAGCCCAACACGCCGUUCCAGGAGUACCUCGCCAACUCGCCCGACGGCAAGAGCGUGUUGCCCGUCUUUGGCGACCUGUUCGUCGACGAGCCCAUUCCGACCAAGGGCUAUCUCCUGACGAGCGAUUUGGAUAAGCCUGGAUUUGGGUUGACGAUCAACAGUGCCGCCCGCUUCAAGCUCAUUCCUUCCAACUACCUCCUCAGCCCUCCGCCUGUACAGCAGCCGGCGCCGCCAUCCCAGAACGGUCAAGGCAAACCAGCCAACGGCGAGACAGCGUGA